ACGAAUUAUUUGCAUGUUAAAAAAAGAAAGCAGAGACAGAGGGGAAGGGGGACCGAGAGAUAGAAAGACGCAAAUCCCGCAAAACCCCGAGAAGUAAUGUCAAGUGAGCCGAAAGCGCACACCGCCGGCCCUGGAGAUGGGAGCUGACAGACCGGCUGGCCGCGGAGGGCAAAUCGAACAGAAGCAAAACCAGCAGCAGCAGCCGAGGAUCGACGCGGGUGCGAAUCCCACCCGUGCGCACACAUGGACCCCUGGAGGGGGGAAGAGCAGUCUGGCAGAGUGCGCACCGCCGAGCCGUUGCGCUUGGAUUACUCUUUAAUGCACUAGAUCGGCUUCACGCAACUUCUUGCGGACUUUUUUUGCUUUCUUCUUGGACUCGUUUUGGUGGAUGCUUUUGUUGUAAGCCGCACACGUAUCACGUUGGAAUGAGGAGAUAAGAGCAGAACGCACCGGGAACUUUUUUAUGGAUUGCAAGGAAGCAGCGCAAUUAGUAACUCGCAAUGGCCCAAGCGGAGCCCCCGAAAAAGGCUGCGCUGUACCGGAGCGUUUCCUUCAAGAAGUUGGAAAGCUGGAGCGCUAACAAGGCGCAGGACACGGUGCCCGGGGGUGGCGCACAUUCUCCGCAGGCCGACACGCUGCACCCCCCGACCGCCGCCGCUGCCUCCUCCUCCUCCUCUUCUUCUUCCUCCUCCUCUUCAAGAAAAGUUUCCAAGAUCUCGGCGGCCAGGAGGUGCUCCCCGCCCUGCAUCGCGCCGGCCAUCCAGCAGCUCCGGCAGCGCUUCACGGCGCCCUCCGGGCCACCGCGCAUGAGGAGGCGGAGGGACAGCGAGCGGGGGGAGGAGGAGGAGCAGGAGCAGCGGGAGGAGGCCGAGUGCUCUGCGCCUCUGCGCCCCGACACCGCCACUGCCGCCGUGCCCAGCGCGUGCCCCUCGCUCCCCGCUGUGCCGAAGACCCAAAGCGGCGACAGUAGCAGCAGCAACAGCAGCGCCGCCGACUGCGCCUGGACCGAGACGAGCAAGUGGCCGAGCGUAACUAAAAUGCGCAAACUUUUUGGAGACGGGCAAGCGCCAAGGUCACCAAAGCUACACACUGGUAGGCAGUGGCACCCACUUGGCCAGGAGGAGCAGUCCGGAGCGCUGAGCCCGGAGCCGAGUGCGGACAGCUGGACGACGAAGAAGCCCAAGCCUCCGCCCCCUCCCCCGCCGCCCCGCAGCAGCUCCGUCCCGUAUUCCCUGAAAUACUCGCGCCAGCCAGCGGAUAGUUUACAUUCUUCACAUAGCUCCUCCAAACCACAGGCCGGCGUCAAAGGCAGCUCCUGCGAAGAGGAGCACUGGAAAGGCAGAGGGCAGGGCGCCAGUGCCGGGGGCUCCAAGACCAGAUCCCCCGGGAGGUCUUCUGGAAGCGAGGAGGAGGAAGAGGACAAUGGCCCGUGCCGGGACAGAGGGCGGCGCAGAGCUCUGAGGAAGAAGAAAAGGAGCACAGUGGGGAGUUUGGAGAAUGGGGAGUCAGACGACGGGGAGAACUUGUCACUAAUGGACCCCUUGGAAAAACGUCAAGGAUCCGCUGACUUGGACUGUACAGCGGCCCAGGAUGGGGAAGAGCAGCUACCCGGGUGUAAGGUGACGCGGGCAUCUGAACUGGCCUGCUCCACGGGUACACUGACUAACGACAAAAGGCCUUGCACCUUUCCCACCCCACUGACACCAGGGCAUUACCGAGGACUUUCUGAGAGCAGGCUUAGCCCCUCGGGGUCAUUUCUGGGAUCGUCCCGAGGCUCCCCCAUCCCUGGGGUUUCCCGCGUGUCAAAAGUCAGCAUCCUUCCCUUUCUGUCCAGCCCAAUGGGUUCCCGGAGCAGCAGCCGCUACUCCAGCACAGAAACACUUAAAGAAGAGGAGCAGGUGCUUUCCUCAUCCUCCGUGCUCAGCAAGAGCUUUCAUGGCAACUUCACCAUGUUCAGGUCCCCCAGUUUCAGCCAUGCCGAUGGCUACUACCGACCCCAAGUGCGAGUGCGGACAAAAAUACCAGUCGGGGUGAAAAACAAGUUGGAAAUGUCUUCGGAAAGUUCCCGUUUUUCUGCAAAGUCCAGACAUAUGAUGUCUGCUUCGAAUCCUGAUAUCGCCUCCGAGACCUUGACACUACUUAGCUUCCUUAAAAGUGAUCUAUCUGAGCUCAGGGUGAAAAAGAAGGAGACUGGAGCUGGUGCCCAUGGAGAGGGCAGUGUACACUAUUCCAGCACAUACCACCACCCUGUGAAUCAUAUGCCUGCUUACCGGACAAGGGGGGGACUGAGAAGUCCAGGUUGCACAUCUCCUCAGAAUCGUCCCUCCCUUAAGGAGCUGACAGCCACAUUAAGACGAACAAAGUCUUUCACCUAUUCGGAUAAGCCAGCAGGACGGAGACUGACGGGAGGCAGUGUGAUGAAGGUUAGCACUUCAGAGCUUAUGCUGGCCAGCACCGGGGACAGUGAUGCCACUGUUUCAGACAGGGAUGGCGAAGAUGGUCUUGUAUAUGAUGGCCUUCCUUAUCCUCUGCAGGACCAAUAUGUCCAAGAGGCAAGGCAAGUAUUCAAAGACAUCAGUCAAAUAGGGGCGCAGGAUGAAGGCAAUUUUGAAGUGGAGGGCCGGGAAGAUGAGUGUUUACGACACAAUGGAGAAACUGCGGAUGUGCACCUGACACAGGUGAUGAGUGACACAAAUUUGACAGAAAGAACAGAAAGUGAGAAGGGUUUGAGAAAUGGGGAUUCCGAAGAGAAUGUGUAUAGCAGGAGGUCUGUGGAUGAGCUGUCUGGACAUGACUCCAGUCUGACAGAUGAGGGGAUUGUGACUGAGCCAGAGAUGGGACCUUUUUGUGGGCCUUUGACGAAGGACCUGCUGACCCAACCACUUACUGUGUGGAAACAAGCUAAUAAUGACCUACAAAGUGAGGGUCGGCCUACUGUUAUGCCAACAAGGGUGCUUCCUUCCUCAGCACCGGUGGUCAAGACUAAGUCUGAAAGUGUAACGAUAUGUGGAGAUGUUUCCUAUGGUCAAAGCACGAGGCAUGGGCCCCUGGAGGCCCCGUCAACACCAAGUGCUAUUCGGCGGAGAAGAAAGUUUUCUUCAGCUGGCAACAACAGUUCUGAUUCCAGCAAUGGCAGCAAUGGUGAGUCCAGUGGGGAAGCCUACCGGUCCCUCAGUGACCCCAUGCCCCAUAGAAGGUGCUCCAUCCCAGAAGACUCCAAGAAUUUCUCAGUCGACAGCAACCUGCUUGGCUCUUUGAACACUAAGAAUGGCAUGCCAGAGCUGUCUGCUACAGACCUUUCGGAGUUCACAGGGAGUGCAGCCAGCGACCUGUCCGUCUGCAGCGACUGCCUUAAGGACUACAAUAUGGUGAUCCAAAGUAUUGUGAGGGAACCUGGUGCCAUGGACAAGCUCAAUGAUGAGAAAGGGAAUGGCAAGAUGGUAAAGAAGAAGUCAUUCAGUGAUCCCAGCCGUCGGGGGGAGUCCGCCACAGCUGGAUUUCAAAGCUUAAAUGAGCCCAUUAACGAAAUGGACCAGGCCAUCCCUCCCUCCAGCAGUGAGCCAAUUCUGUCUGAGCAGAGGGACGAGGUGCGAGAGUUGCAGGAGCUGGGCAAGACAGAUGGUAAGUCACGCUCGAGGUCUGAGCAUCUACUGCCCUCUCACUUGGAAUCGGAAGCUCCUGAAUUUGCCUUUGACCCUAAACUGGUGGAAGUCCUAUCCCCCCGUGUGGUCCGGCGAAGCUCUAAAAAGCGUACCAAUCGGGUCUCGCACCAGGAGAGUGGCAAACUGCAGCAAGUCUUGGAGCAACCAACUCUGUCUCUGACCAAAGGUAGACCAACAGCAAAACAUGUCCGGCACACCAGUGAGCCAGCCACUUUCAUACCCAUUGCCUCCGCUGAGAUGCCUGUUCCACAGAGUCACCCAGUUAGCAUCACUGUGCCAGAGCCUUCCAGGGUAUCACAAAAACCUUUUCAUAUAGUUCAGUCUCCAUCUCUGGAGGAGGAGUCCAAGAAGUACAUGUUGGCCCUGAAUGUUGGUGACGUGCAGGUUCCUACCGUUCUUGAUACCUCAAAAUCCACACCAGUGACCCCAACCACUGGAGUACCAAAGAUGCCACGCAAGCCCAGCGAAGAUCUGAGCCCUCUUCCUCACAAGAGCAAGCCACAAGUGGAUAUGAGGAAGCAUGUCAUGAUGACCCUACUGGACACAGAACAGUCUUACGUGGAGUCCCUUCGCACAUUAAUCCAGGGCUACAUGAGGCCCCUGAAGCAGCCCGAGAACUCUGUCAUCUGUGAUCCUGGGUUGGUGGAUGAGAUGUUCUAUCAGAUCCCUGAAAUCCUGGAGCACCAUGAACAGUUUCUUGAGCAGAUCCUGACAUGUGUGCAGGAGUGGCACGACAAGCAGAAAGUAGGAGACCUCCUCAUUGAGUCUUUUUCAAAGGAUAUCCUUGUCAACAUUUAUUCAGCAUACAUUGAUAACUUCCUGAAUGCCAAAGAUGCAGUGAGGAUAGCCAAGGAAGCCAAGCCUGCAUUUAUGAAGUUUUUAGAGCAAUGUAUGAGGGAAAACAAAGAGAAGCAGGCCCUGUCUGACCUAAUGAUCAAGCCAGUUCAAAGAAUACCACGUUAUGAGCUUCUUGUGAAGGACCUACUGAAGCACACCCCAGAGGAUCACCCAGACCACCCUUUCCUAAUAGAUGCUCAGAAAAAUAUUAAACAGCUAGCAGAGAGAAUCAACAAGGGGCGAAAGAAUGCAGAGGAGGUGGAAAGAGAAACACGAGUGCUGCAGGAAAUAGAGGCGCACAUUGAAGGCAUGGAGAAUCUUUUAACUCCUCAGAGAAAAUUUCUAAGACAAGAGAUAGUGGUAGAAGUGAAAGCAGUUGGGGGCAAGAAGGACCGUUCACUCUUUCUCUUUACCGACUUACUUGUGUGCACGACACUAAAGCGAAAGUCUGGAUCUCUCCGGCGCAGCUCCAUGAGCUUGUACACUGCAGCAAGCGUUAUAGACACAUCAAGCAAAUACAAGCUACUGUGGAAGCUGCCUUUAGAAGAUGUGGAAAUGGUGAAAGGUACUUCUCAAGCAGCCAACCGUGAGAACAUCCAAAAAACAAUCGGACGUCUUGAUGAGGACCUGAGUACCCUGGGGCAGAUUAGCAAACUAUCAGAGACCCUCAGCUUUCCUCAUCAGAGCCUGGAUGAUGUGAUCAAAGACCUAAUGGCAGCAGUUCACCGUGAACUGGCAGAGAAGCAGUCUCUUUCCUUCAGCAUGACUUUCCCACCUAACAAAGUGGAGCUAACCACACCAUCCAUCGAGGGAACAUUUGUGUUUGAAUUUAGCGGCCCUGACACACGCAGUAACUUUGAGCAGGCCUUUGAGGAUGCCAAGAAGAAGCUGGCACUGAAUAAAGAUCACUGGGACCCAGAGUUCUUGAAGGCUAUUCCUAUCAUGAAGACACGAAGUGGAAUGCAGUUUUCCUGCGCCUCUCCCAGCCACAGCUGCCCAGACAACAUGUAUGAGGUGUGGGUUUGUAACAGUGAUGGCUAUGUAGGACAGGUGUGCCUCCUGAACAUUAAGAACGAGCCCACCGUAGAGGCGUGCAUCGCUGUGUGUUCAGCAAGGAUCAUCUGCAUUGCUGCAGUGCCAGGCCUCAAGGCAAGGGACCGUGGAGAUGCCAUAUUGUGUUCUCCCUGCACAGAACCCACUGCUGGAUCAGAGCAGAGGCUCCACAUUUCAAUCUCAGGCUCUUCACUGGAAUUGACAAACCCUUCUGAGAGAACAGAACGAGAGCUGGUGCCCUUUGACAGUGAUGAUACUGAUGAUGAAUCCUCUCCUAGUCCUUCUUCCACGUUGCAGAGCCAGGCCAGCCAAUCCACUAUUGCCUCUAGCUUUGUGGAGGAGACGGCCAGCACUAAAGACACUGCAGCAGAGACAACAAGCUCAGACGAGGACCAAGAUUACACUGCCAUUCCCAGUUCAUAUGGCCCAUCACGGCUGAGCAGUGAAAGCCCACUGGAUGGCCGGGCAAGGAGACGCUCAAGCAGGGGCUCUUUCACCAGGGGAAGCCUAGAGGACUUGCUGAGCAUUGAUCCAGAAGCCUACCAAAGUUCUGUGUGGCUAGGGACAGAGGAUGGCUGCAUUCAUGUAUAUCAGUCAUCAGACAACAUUCGCAACAGAAAGAACAGCAUGAAAAUGCAACACUCAGCCUCUGUUCUGUGCAUACUGUACCUUGAUAAUAAAGUUUUUGUGUCUCUUGCAAAUGGUGACAUUAUCGUCUAUCAAAGGGAAGCAGGAAGUUUUUGGGACCCCCAGAAUUCACAGACAAUCUGCUUGGGGACUCCAGGGAGUCCGAUUACAAAGAUGGUGCCUGUAGCAGGAAAGUUGUGGUGUGGCUGUCAGAACCGAGUUCUGGUCAUCAAUACAGUAACUUUGUCGCAGGAGCACAUGUUUCACGUGGGACAAGAUAGUAACCGCUGUGUAACCAGCAUGGUUGGCUAUGGCCAGGGGGUUUGGAUAGCCCUUCAGAGCAGCGCUCAGGUGAGGCUGUACCACGCCACUACUUACGAGAGCCUGACAGAAGUGGAUGUGGCACCAGCUGUCCACAAAAUGUUAGCCGGUUCAGAUGCUAUAAUCCGUCAGCAUAAGGCAGCCUGUUUGCGUAUUACUGCCCUUCUCGCCUGCAAGGACUUGCUGUGGAUUGGCACCAGUGCAGGCGUUGUGCUUACCCUGACCAUUCCAGCCAUCUCCACCAGCACCAGCUCCCUCCGCGUCCCUCUAGUGCCAAUGGGAUCAGCACAUGGGCACACAGGUCAUGUGCGUUUCCUCACUUCCAUCGAGCUCCCUGAAGACUUCGAACUUGCUUUCCCUGUGACCCGGGACCAAGGGAACUCUCCACAAGAUCAUGAGACGGCCCCCGCCUUGCAACGUUCCGAGACGACGAAGCGCAGAGCGUCCACCAUCUUACAGGCCAAGUCAAGCAUGCUCGUGAUCAGUGGUGGUGAUGGCUACGAGGACUUCCGGCUCACCAACAGCAGCGAGACAGUGGGGCGAGAUGACAGCACCAACCACCUGCUGCUCUGGAGGGUGUGACCUUACAGCAGCGCCUUGCCCACCAUCAGCCCUGCGCCAAGCACUGGCCCGCCAGACGCACACUCUGCCUGUGGUCACCCCGGCCCCCCCAAUGCAUUCCAUCUCAUGUCACGUCACACUGUCGUCAUCUGCUGGAUUUCAGUUUUUUGUUUUAAGCCGCCUUCUUUUGCUCAGACCCUUUUCUGUGCAUACAUGGCUGUGUAUCACAAAGCGCAAGUGAAAUAUUUCAUUUUGUACACGUUGAUUGGUGCAGGAAUUCCCGCAGAAAACUGGGAAGAAGAAAAGCAAGAGAGGGAAUCUGGGGAAUUGCACAUCAACAAGUGGAUCGGA